AUGAUCACCGGCAGAGACGCGGCUGAGGGCGCUGGCAAGGCGUCGCUGAGGAACCUCAAGGCGGCUGAGCCGAGGCCGGAUGCCCCGAAUCCAGGGGAAUCGGAAAUCAGCCCCUUCAGCAUAGACUCUGUCGGCGCGUCAUCGUCGUCGGCCAUUCUCAGCUCCAAGGCCGGGUCGUCCUCGACUUCGUCGUCGCCCAAUGUCGACUGGCUGGUCUCUCGGGUCCAACAGCUGGAGGAGAAGCUUGCCCAGGCUCUGCGCAUCAACGACACUCCGGAUGGGCUCAAGAACCGCACUGAGCAGACGGUGGAGCCAACGGGGGGCUUUGUGGCCAAGUCUCGGUAUUUUGCUCAUAGCCAUUGGAUAUAUGGGCUGAGCAUGCUCACCAUGGAACAAGACCUCAUUGGUCAAGACAAGAUCAACAAGGGAGAUCUAUAUCAGUCACUUGGGAGAUGCAAAGUCCUUGGGCGCAAGAUCAAGAAACAUCGCCUGAAACCUCUCUCGUCUACUAAUCUGGGACUCCAGAUUCCUGCUCGAGAACUCGCAGAUCAGCUCGUCGAAAACUAUCUGCGCACUUUUGAAGGCGUCUUCCGCGUCGUGCAUAUACCCACCUUCAGGACUGACUAUGCGAGGUUCUGGGAAGGCAGCCUUCCGUCCAACGACUCCUUUGUGAUUCUGCUCCAGCUCGUCAUGGCGCUUGGGACAACCGUAUAUGACGACUUCUUCUCCCUGCGGCCAAUGGCGACGCAGUGGAUAUUCGAAGCCCAGAUGUGGCUCAUGAUUCCGCCGGAGAAGAAGAGGAUGAAUAUCGAGGGCAUUCAGAUCCAGUGUCUCUUGCUCCUCGCAAAGUCCACGUGCAAUUGCGGCGUGGACAUGGUGUGGAUGAUGGCUGGGAACCUGGUGAGGAACGCCAUGUUUGUGGGCCUUCAUCGGGAUCCCCAGUUUCUCGGAGACAUGACGAUAUAUCGAGCCGAGAUGCGACGUCGUCUUUGGGCGACUAUCUUGGAGCUCAACGUACAGUUUUCUUUUGAUGCCGGGGGCUCGCCACUGCUUUCCACAGCCCAUUACGACACGCUGCCUCCGGCCAAUCUAAACGACGACGAACUCACUGACGAAAAGGACACUGGCGGAAUUGCAAAAGGUCCAAAGGUGCCGACUCAGACAUCAGUUUUGAGAGCUUUACAGUCGACGAUGGCGCUGCGGCUGAAUCUCAUUAACCAUGUCAACAACACAAGGCCGGGCGAUCACUACGAAGAAACGCUGCGGCUGAAUUCGGAUCUGACAAAAUCUUGCCGAGCCAUCUCAGAGUCUCUCAUGGCUCUCAAAGCAAUACCGAACUCGCCAAUCACAGAGUUCCAUGUUCUCGUGACGGAGAUUUUCCUGUAUCGCUGCUUCCAUGCACUUCACCAGCCCAUCAUCGUCAAGUAUCUAGACGACGCCAAAUUCUACUUUUCUCGACAGAUGUGUCUGGACAGCGCAUUGAAGCUCACGCACAUCUGGGGCUUCCCCGAUGCCUGGUCUCCAGACAAUCCCGCUGCCAGCAAAGCCAUGGAUGCCGACCUCAAGCGACUCGUCACCACCGGGACGGGCAUGUUCCACAACGUUGCGUCGCAGGCCAUGAUCAACGUCCAGUUAGAGCUCUUCCACGCCAAAACCGGCCAGGCGUCGAGCCUCGGCUACCUCCCAACAGUGGGCAGCACCAACCUGCGCGCGCGGCUCAUCGCCACACGGGAAUGGAAGCUCAGCCGCGUCCGCGCCGGCGAGACAAACAUCAAGGGCAUCAUCUUCAUGGAGGCGUGCCUCGCCCACAUCAAGGCGCUCGAGGCCGGGGCCGACUCCAAGGAAAAGACGCGCCUGAUGUUUGAGGCGGCCAUCGCCAUGGGCAAGCAGUGCUUUGAGAUGCUCAAGGAGGUGGCCGAGCGGGAGGGCUUGCCCGCGUCCGAGUGGGACGACGAUGAGACGGCGAGCCUGGACGGGCUGUCGACCAUGUCUGGGAUUCCGAUGGAUUGGAUGCAGGACUGGGUGUUUGACGGCGACCAGGGGAUUUCGUUUCCGCAGUGGGAUCCUGACAUUGAUGGCGGCGACUUCAUGGACGAGCUGGACUUUGAUAUUGGUCAGAUGUAGACGAGGGGCGUGGAAGUGGUAAAGGUGAUGGAUCCUUGUGCUACCCACUACAUGUAGACGAAGUGUUAUUAUUGGCGGGCAUCUAUUUCUAUUUCUGGAGCUGGGCGGGUGGAUGCCAUUCCAGAGUGUAUAAGACAGUGUCUCUGGCCCUCUCAACCCGUAUUGCCUCUCAACUCGUAUUGCCUCUCAACUCAUAUUACCACAUAAGAUUACUUGUACAAUUGAAUCUCAACUUGGAUCAAG